UUUCAUUUGCCUAAAAAAACCAAUAUGUUUAUUAUUAUAAAUAGUUUUUAAGUGCUUGUUAUUAUUUUUGCUUUCGACUCACGGCCAAUGUGGCGCGCUAGUGUAGUGUGAUGUAAACACUGGCCAGUUGGUUUUCGCACAAACUUUUUAGUACGGGUUAACUUUAAAUUGUCGUCGCGUCGUAUUGUUUUCAUUCGAAUUGGACCAACAAGUGGGUAUACCCGAUGUUAUUUGUCUGUGUUUAUAAUAUGUAAUUUAAGUGUGUUGUUAACGUUAAGUUUCGACUAAACAACAAAAAAAAAAAUUAACAUCGAAAUCGAUUACGGAUUCCGCGGGGGCCACCUGCUCGUUAUUGAAAGUCAUGGCCGCGCGUGUUUCUUUGUCAUCGACCCAUCGUUAUGUUAUUCGACUUUGCCUACAGCCAGAAGAUCUGCUCGUGCCAUAAUUGUUUUUUUUUGCAAUUCGCGUGAUACCGCUAGGUUUGAAGGAAUCGUCUUAUUAGCGAAAGAUUGAUGUUAAAAAUUGAGUUUUAUUCAGAAAUUACACAUUUACUCUUAUUACACAUUAACUUAUAAAGAGUAGUUAUCUUGUCUGUGUAAAAAAAGAAAUUACAGUGUAAAAAUGAAUAAUAAAGAUUAUACAAAUUUAUUUGGUACUAUGGAAACUAAACGAGUAUUAAAAGCUGAUUAUCCAACUGAAAGCUCAUCGUUAGGAGUACCAAUACCAAUAAGAAAAAAUGGUGAUCUAAGUACAUUACAAGAUUAUGGAUUUGAAUUAUUUGAUACGUCUAACGCUCUUAUUCAAGAUCCUAUGGUAGUCGGUAAUGCGGAUCAACAUUUUUUCACAGCCAAUGAUACUGGAUGGAUUGGAAAAUCUGAUGACAUGUCGUUUAUAAAAAUGGAUGAAGAUAUUUUUCAAGUAGACCAAUCUGAUUUAUUACAAGGACCGACAUUAGCCGAGUUAAAUGCCAACGGUGGUGAAUCGUUAUUAGAAGAUCUCAAUUUCGACGAUUUACUGCUACCACCAGAUUCGGUUAAAUCAGAAAUCUCAGAUACCGUUCCACUAAUGAACUCUUAUAUAGUCGAUCACGUAGUGAAUACCAGUCCUAUCAAUCGACCAAGCUCUUCAAAAUCUGGCUUCCAACUUUCACCUAAUAGUUGCAGUUCACGUUCAUCACUUUCUCCAGGACCCACAACAUCGAUAACACUACAAGAGUUAUUAAAAAAAGAAACAAAACCACAAACUUGUUUGUCUCCUCCCACCUUUGGAACAAGUGUUCCAGGAUCGUCGGGGUAUCUUUUACCUAACCGGUCAAGAACAAGUCUAUCUUCUUCAGCCCCUACACAUCUCGGUCUUGAGCAAAUAUGGCAGCGCAGAGAGCCUAGACAACAUUUAUUAUCCACUGGAUCAUUAGUUGAAGCAGGAUCGACGUCUUCACUUUCUACAGGAGGCGUUUUGAGCCCAGAAGCUUAUGACUCUUUUCUAGAUGAAGCCAUAGACGACUCUGAUGAUGACACUGAACAGGAAGAAGAUUUCUCAUCCGAUGGUGAUUCCGGCGGUGAAAGUGACUGUGGUGGAACAUCUGCCAAAUCAUCUUCCCACAAAGAUAGAUAUUUUUGGCAGUACAAUGUCCAGUCAAAAGGGCCAAAAGGUCAACGGUUAGUUUUAAAGAGCAAGUUAGAAGACCCUCAUUGUUUAAAUGAAGUGACAGAUCCUGUAUUUAGUCCAAGUUGCUCAAUACAAGGCAUCAAACAUAGUGGAAAAGCCCGAAAAGGUGAUGGCAAUGAUUUAACACCAAAUCCUAAAAAGUUACAGUCCAUAGGUAGAGAAUUGGAUAAAUUGAAUAGGAGUAUAAAUGAAAUGACGCCUGUUAGUGAGUUGCCAUUUAACGUUCGGCCAAACACUCGUAAAGAAAAGAACAAAUUAGCAUCCAGAGCUUGCCGCUUAAAGAAAAAAGCCCAACAUGAAGCGAACAAAAUUAAACUUUAUGGUUUAGAAACCGAACACAGGCGUUUGAUAAAUGCUAUAGCACAAGUCAAACAGUUGAUAGUAGCGAGAACAACAAGUGAUUCUUAUCCAAAGGAAAACCAAGAAUUAACUAAAGCUAGUGAAAAAAUUACAAAAAAUGCCACCAGACUUAAAGUUGCUGGGCAGUCAACUGAGUUUGUAAACAAAGUCCUCGAAAAAAAAAUCAGGUGCACGCAGAGGUGGCCUGGAUGAGAUUUAGUCGCCAAAGGUCAAGUACCCCUAACCUAGUCUUUUUGUAAGUAAUAUAUAAUGUAUAUCGCAUCUGACUAUCGGUUGAGUCAUUAAUACGCCAUUAUUAUUAUUUCUUUUGUCUAAAUUCCCUAUAUCUUACUCAAUAAUAUCAAUUAUGUGUUUCCACAUAUGUUUCGAUAUAUUUUUUUAUAAUAUUUGAUUGUUAUAAUGUUAAUUAUUAUUAUUUAAUAUUAUAUAUUUUGUAAAAAUAUAAGCAAAUAAUUAUUGUUUAAUUGAUUCUCCGGUUAUCAGUUGAAAUAGAAUCUGGUUUUGUUACGAAUAUGUUCAUUUAUAUUUUCUUAUUUAAGUUACUAAUACCUUGUUAUUAUGUUCCGGUUUUUAUGUUUUUUUUUUAUUAUUAGUAGGUUGAAACUUAAGCUAUAUACUUUGUGGUGUAUGUACAUUAUUAUUUUAGAAAGUCAUUUUACAAAAGUAUUUUAUCAUUCAAAUGACCAUUGAAUGCAUUUUAUUAUUAUAAUAAUUAUAAUUACGUUUAUAUAUAAAUCUAAUUAAUCUUGGAU